AUAAUUGAAUUUCAACAGCCACAGGCAUCUGCAUUGAAUUUAUCUUGACUUGUUGCUUAUGCCAAGUUGGGGUUGUACAAAGUUGACAAAAAUUAUUAUUUAUGUAUGUGAUUUUCAUAAUGUAUAUUAUAAUGAUUCACUUUUUUUAGUAAAAAGUAUACAAAACUAAAAAGAGAAGGUUUUUGUUUUUACGAUAAUUUGGAACAAAAGAAAAAGGUUUUCAUUCGAUGAGAAAUACUCAUUCUCUGUUUUCGUUAUCUCUGUUCUUAAUUUCAUCAUCUUUCUCUGUUGCUAUGGAUUAUAGUGUCAUUACUCCAAGAGAAUUCCUUAAGGAUGGAGAUACUCUUAGUUCUCCAGACCAGGUUUUCCAACUUGGGUUCUUUAGUCUUGACCAAGAUGAGCAGCCUCAACAUCGGUUUCUUGGCUUGUGGUACAAGGAACCAUUUGCAGUCGUUUGGGUGGCUAACCGAAACAAUCCUCUCUACGGCACAUCUGGAUUCUUAAACUUGAGUUCUCUUGGCGACCUUCAGCUAUUCGACGGUGAACACAAAGCCUUGUGGUCAUCAUCAUCAUCAACAAAAGCUUCUAAAACAGCAAAUAAUCCCCUCUUGAAGAUAUCAUGUUCAGGGAAUCUCAUAUCUAGUGACGGAGAAGAAGCUGUGUUGUGGCAGAGUUUUGAUUAUCCCAUGAAUACAAUACUCGCGGGUAUGAAGCUUGGAAAGAAUUUCAAGACACAAAAGGAAUGGUCUCUAUCGUCUUGGAAAACCCUAAAAGAUCCAUCCCCAGGUGAUUUCACGUUGUCUCUAGAUACUCGAGGUUUACCACAAUUGAUCUUGAGGAAGAAUGGAGAUUCUAGUUAUUCCUAUCGCUUAGGAUCUUGGAACGGCUUAUCCUUCACCGGAGCUCCAGCUAUGGGACGAGAGAAUAGCUUAUUCGACUACAAAUUCACGUCGAGUGAGCAAGAAGUAAACUACUCGUGGACUCCUCGACACAGAAUUGUCUCAAGAUUGGUCUUAAACAACACAGGGAAACUCCAUAGGUUUAUCCAGUCUAAUCAACACCAAUGGAUCUUAGCAAACACUGCACCAGAAGAUGAGUGUGACUACUACUCUAUAUGUGGAGCUUACGCAGUUUGUGGGAUUAAUGGCAAAAACACACCUUCUUGUUCAUGUUUACAAGGAUUCAAGCCAAAAUCAGGUCGAAAGUGGAAUAUUUCAAGAGGAGCAUACGGGUGUGUCCAUGAGAUUCCAACCAAUUGCGGAAAGAAAGAUGCAUUUGUGAAGUUCCAAGGUAUGAAACUACCAGAUACUUCAUGGUCUUGGUAUGAUGCCAAAAAUGAAAUGACACUUGAGGAUUGUAAGAUCAAGUGUUCAAGUAACUGCUCUUGCACGGCUUAUGCGAAUACCGAUAUUCGCGAGGGAGGAAAAGGUUGUUUGCUUUGGUUUGGUGACUUGGUUGAUAUGAGAGAGUAUUCUACCUUUGGACAAGAUAUUUACAUAAGAAUGGGUAUUGCAAAAAUAGAGUCUAAAGGAAGAGAAGUGGUGGGAAUGGUCGUUGGAUCAGUGGUGGCCAUUGCAGUUGUUUUGGUUGUAGUGUUUGCAUGUUGCAGAAAGAAGAUAAUGAAGAGAUAUCGCGGUGAAAAUUUCAGAAAAGGGAUUGGGGAAGAGGACCUGGACUUGCCUAUUCUUGACAGAAAAACGAUUUCCAUAGCCACUGAUGAUUUUUCAUACAUAAACUUCCUAGGAAGAGGAGGGUUUGGACCAGUUUAUAAGGGUAAGUUAGAAGAUGGACAAGAGAUUGCGGUGAAGAGGUUAUGCGCGAACUCAGGACAAGGAGUGGAAGAAUUCAAGAACGAAGUAAAACUAAUCGCAAAACUUCAACAUCGUAACCUCGUCAGGCUUUUAGGAUGUUGUAUUCAAGGUGAAGAAUGUAUGUUGAUCUAUGAGUAUAUGCCUAACAAAAGUUUAGACUUCUUUAUCUUCGAUGAAAGGAGAAGUAAAGAAUUGGAUUGGAAGAAGAGAAUGAACAUUAUCAAUGGAAUUGCUCGUGGGCUUCUCUAUCUUCAUCAAGAUUCAAGAUUGAGGAUCAUACAUAGAGAUCUAAAAGCUGGAAAUGUUUUACUAGAUAAUGAUAUGAAUCCUAAGAUUUCAGAUUUUGGAUUGGCUAAAUCUUUUGGUGGAGAUCAGAGUGAGUCAAGCACAAACAGAGUCGUCGGUACUUAUGGUUAUAUGCCUCCGGAGUAUGCAAUUGAUGGACAUUUCUCUGUGAAAUCCGAUGUGUUCAGUUUCGGUGUAUUAGUACUUGAGAUCAUAACUGGCAAGACGAAUCGCGGGUUUCGCCACGCAGAUCAUGAUCUUAAUCUCCUUGGACACGUGUGGAAAAUGUGGGUUGAAGACAGAGAAAUAGAAGUACCAGAGGAAGAGUUGUUGGAAGAGACAUGUGUUGUCCCAGAGGUACUAAGAUGUAUUCAUGUGGCUUUACUUUGUGUUCAACAGAAACCAGAAGACAGACCAACCAUGGCUUCUGUUGUCUUGAUGUUUGGGAGUGAUAGUUCUCUUCCUCACCCUAAAAAGCCCGGUUUUUUCACCAACCGGAACGUUCCAGAUAUCUCUUCAUCUUUAAGCUUACGUUCACAAAACGAAGUUUCCAUCACAAUGUUGCAGGGAAGGUAGAUAAAUGAAGAUUAUAUAUAAACUAUUUGGUUAAUGUAAUGCAAAAUGUAAUGCGUCACCAAGAAAAAACAACCAAACAAAAAAAAAGGUUACAGAUUGUAGAAUAUACAGAUAUCAAUUACAAGGUUUAUCUAGGCUCUAUUACACU